CACCGUGAAGCUCUUUCCAAAGUGUAAGUUAAGUGGAUAACCCCCAACAAGUAAUAAUAUGUAUGAUAGAACCAUGUGGGAAACCGAACGCCAUAAUCUGGAUGCCUGGACUCUCCAAUGGCUUCUUGCCAAGGCUACUUGUAGCAUUCAAUCCGAAAAAGAUCGCACUCAAAAAGGUUUGGAAAAGGCAAAGGUAUUAGUAGCAGAAACCGAAGAAAAAGUAAGACAAGAGAAUGAUAAAAUCCAUCAAGUCGAAGUUCAGAAUGAAAAGUAUGCUGUGGAUUACAGAGAACUUCAAAAGUACCGUGAAGAAUUUUUAGUCUUGCUGGACAAGGCCUUGCCCAAUGAAACUUCAAAGACACAAGAAUACAAGGAUAGAAUAGAAGAAACUAAGCAAAAGUCACAAGAGAAAUUCGAAAACAUCAAGAAACUCGACAAGGUCAAGGAAUAUCUCAAGAAUGCCGAUUUGGCUUUAUUAGAAGCCAUUCUUGAACUCCGUGCUUCUACUGUGAAGGAAAGUCUGAUGGGUCAAGGAAAAGUUUACUUUCCCGAGACUGCUUAUGAAUGUCUUGCUAAGGCUCGUGAGGAAUACCCUGAUUUACCUGGUUUUGCUUCUCCCACUGAAUAUGUGAAUGAGGCUGAUAACACAGGUGCUUAUUAUUCACCUAUGCAAAAGUAUUUAUGGGAUGUGCGCAAAAAAAUAGCUGAUUUGAUUCUUUGGUGUGAUGAAGAAGCCAUCUCCUUGUUGGACAAGGAAACCGAACUCCAAAUCGAACUUGGCCAAUAUACAGAUGAAUACAACUUGAGAAGACGUGACGCUCUUAAAAAUGAACUCUAAUUGAUUCCCUUACAAUACUAUAACUAUACU